AUGCGGGUUAUCAGCUCGGUUGCCAUUGGACUCUUGGCUUUUUCGUCUGUAGUGGUAUCUGCUCCUGCUAAGAAGUCUCACGACGUGGUUCAUGCACCUGGAGGCUCAUCGCUGUAUGGUAUAACUUAUAACGCUUUGGAUGCUAAUGGCCUUUGCAAGUCUCAGUCAACCAUCACAAAGGAUGUAAAAAAAUACAAAAGUAACGGUAUCAUCAAUAUCCGAACAUACUCUCAGCAAUGCAAUCAGCUGGAUCUUAUUUUGAAGGCUAUCAAAAGCGCAGGAGGUGGAAUGACAGUUCUAACCGCCGUCUGGAUAGAUGGCAAUAAUAGCAACUAUUUGUCAGAAGUCAAAACGUUGACGCACACUCUCAGUUCAAACAAGCUGUCGUCGUCCUACAUCUCUGGAGUGUUGGUUGGAAACGAAGUGUUGUUCAACAAAGUUAUCAGCUCAUCCCAAUUGGCCGCGAAAAUCAAGGAUGUCAAAUCCAAAGUCAAAUCACACAGUCUUUUGGUCGGUACCUGUGAGAUACCGCCGUCAUUUACUUCAGCCGUCAUCAGUGCUUCAGACUUUUUGGUAGCUAACAUUCAUCCAUACUUUGGUCAAGUACCAGCCUCUCAAGCUGCUCAAAACCUGGUACUCCAGUAUAACAACUUGAAGAAGAAUGCUAAAGGCAAACCACUGAUUGUUGGCGAAACUGGCUGGCCAACAGCAGGUGCUACUAAUGGGCAGUCCGUACCCAGCACUCAUAAUCUUCAAACAUAUGUCAGUGACAUUCAAUGUAUCGACAAGAGCAUAAAGUAUUACUUCUUCGAUAGCGUAGAUACACCCUGGAAAGCUCCUGGAGUGGAACAACAUUGGGGACUGUGGAAAUCCAACGGUGCAUCCAAGGGCAUCAAAUUUAAACCGACUUGUCCCAAGAAAUAG